AUGAGGAUCCUCGCACUGCUUCUGGGGGUGAAAGCCGCGUGCAUCCUGCUGGUUUCCUCGCUCUCAGGCACGGGGGCAGUCAACAAUAGCGGCCGGUGGUGGUGAGUUGUUGAGUUUAUGUGUGAUGUAUUCAUUCAAUUAAAUGCGCCUCCUAAGGACCUAUGCUCAUUUCGACGGAGGGUGCAGCAAAGGAGUCAGUUAAGUGGUAUAGUGGUUUAUUGCCUGAAAGAUGCUGUGCUCUCCUCCAAUGUCAAUUGAAUUAACACUAAAGAAAAUUGGUAGACCUAUUAUGUUCGAAAUAAUAAUGUGUUCUUGUUGGCACCGGAUUCAUAAUUUCAGUUCAUUUCUGCUAGAAAACCAAGCAGCAACCACAACCCAUUAAGAUUUGAGGGUCUUUGGAUACCACCUCCCAAUUAGAGCGAGCAACUAACUAACUAGAUCCAGCCGGUUUUUAAUCGAAAUGAAUUAGGCCUACUUUCUCCAUUAAAUUAUUUGAUGUAAAAGAAAGUAUUAUGUUUCAAUAUGAUAACGAUGUAGUUUAUUUUGGGAUUGGUUCCAGCCCAUAUUUAUUCAAGUCAGCCUCUCUCUCGGUCUCUCUCUCGGUCUCCCUCUCUGUCUCUUUCUCUCCCACUAGUCAUUUUGACAGUGUGGCUUGAACGCGAGACAACAUUUUUCUUUCCAAUGUGGGAUAAAUUAAAUAUGGAUUUAUUUCAUGGCAAAGAGCAGUUCCAUUCCAGGUCGUAUUCUCAACAUUCCACUCUAUAUAGGAUAAACUGUAGGAUGCCAAUGUCUGCAUACAUUUGUUAUAAACUAUCAAACCAAAAUGUGAAAAUAGUGUUUCUUACACUAACUUACGUGGACAAAUAUAAAUGAAUUAGGCUUAUGUUCAUUGAAUAAUAUGCAUUCUGUAAAAUUAAAUACAUAUCAUCCCUAUACUGCAAAGAUAACAGUUGCAUAAGUAAUAUUUCAAUGAAUAAUGAAAAUGAUAACGCAGACCUCAAUAUAAUUAGUUAAAUGUUACAUUUUGGACAGCCUUGCAAUGUCACUGGGGUAAACUAGGCUAUUUGUUUGACAUGGGUCUUACUUCUAACCCAAUCCUUAUCACUAUAAUAUGCCAAGAAAAUAAAGAAGGAAAAUACACAACGAGAGAGAAGAAAAUUGGAUUGAAAUAUUUCUCCGAAGAUGGGAUAAUAAUGUUCCAAAGCCUGGACCGACCGCGCACUACCAUCAGGCCCUGAUCAGUCAGUUAAUAAUGAUGUGUCUUUCUGAUUGCUAACGGUUUGCAGGAGACAACAAUUAGGAACGUAACUGAAACCAUAAAUAUAGUAGAUGACAACGCAAUAUGGUAGUCAUAUUGCAGCCAAUAAUGGCAGCCAUAAUCAUAUCCGAUUACGUAGAUUGUAGAUAUGUUGAAGUUGCUUGUUAUUUCUUGUAGCUGAUACUCACAUUCCAAUUAAACUGAUUCCAUUAUCCCAUUAUUAUCAGAAUCCGAUAUGACUAAAUACAUUUUAACCUAAUUAAUUGUUUUAAAGUCAAUAGAUUCAAUGAAAGGACCAAUGUAUGAGCUUCUCUCUAACUAACUGAAUCCACCCUGUCUUCUCUUCCUCUCUACUAGGGGGAUUGUGAAUGUGGCCUCCUCUGCCAACCUCCUCACCAACUCCAAGAAUGUCCAGUUGGUCCUGGACCCCAGCUUGGCCCUGCUGAGCCGUCGCCAGCGCCGCCUCAUCCGCCAGAACCCAGGGAUCCUCCACGCAAUCGCAGCCGGCCUGCACACUGCCAUCCAGGAGUGCAAAUGGCAGUUCAGGAACCGCCGCUGGAACUGCCCGACCACCCACAGCCCGGCAAUAUUUGGCAAAAUCGUCAACCGUGGUGAGUUGUCUGUUGUCCCUCCUGGCCUCCUCACCAAGGCAAUGGGUGGACAUUUUUGGCGCAGAAUGUCAUGGAAUCUUGGUUUCUCUCGUAGGUCCCUUGGGAAGAGAAAAGCCUAUCUUUACAUAUCUUGAGAUUAUGACAUUCUAAAUCAUCAUUCAGACCAGAUUGAGCAUAGUUGCAUUACUGUCCACUGCCAAAAAGGUUGUAAAGCGCUAAAGAGAAUUGAUGCUGUUGUUGUGUCAGGUUGCCGAGAGACAGCGUUUGUGUUUGCGAUCACAAGUGCGGGGGUGACCCAUGCGGUGGCCCGCUCCUGCUCUGAGGGAGCCAUUGAGUCGUGCACCUGUGACUACCGUCGCCGGGGGCCUGGGGGCCCUGACUGGCACUGGGGCGGCUGCAGCGACAAUGUAGACUUUGGCCGGAUGUUCAGCCGGGAGUUUGUGGACUCUAGCGAGAGAGGAAGGGAUCUCCGAUACCUCAACAACCUACACAACAACGAGGCAGGGAGAAUGGUGAGGGAGCCGUUGAUUCAUAGAUAGCAUUUCAUUAUGUACUGUAUGUUCACUCCUUUUCAGUGAUUCUCCUGUAUCAACCCAUUAUUCUGAAUUUCAGUCAUGUUUUCCUUCACAUUUCUUCUCUUCACAUUCCUCCACAUUUUCUUUGCUCUUCACCGUUUUUCAAAAUGUUCUUAACCGUUCACAUCCUCCAUGUUUUAUUUCCUCCAUUGCCUGUGUCUUCUCCCUCCAGACAGUGUCGUCAGAGAUGCGGCAGGAGUGUAAGUGCCAUGGCAUGUCAGGGUCAUGCACCGUGCGUACCUGCUGGAUGCGUCUUCCCAGCUUCCGCGCCGUGGGGGACUUCCUGAAGGACCGCUUCGACGGAGCAUCCCGGGUUGUCUACGCCAACAAGGGUUCCAACCGCGCCUCUCACCGCGCCGACCCACGCCAUCUCGAACCCGAGAACCCCGCCCACAAACCCCCGUCAUCCAGAGACCUGGUCUACUUCGAGAAGUCGCCCAACUUCUGCUCCUACAACGGCAAGACGGGUACCCACGGUACCUCAGGGAGGACCUGUAACAGCUCGUCUCCGGCACUGGACGGGUGUGAGCUCCUGUGUUGUGGUAGAGGGUUCAAGACCCAGACUGAGAAGGUCACUGAGAGGUGUCACUGUACGUUCCACUGGUGCUGCCAUGUCAGCUGCCUCAACUGCACCAGCACACAGACGUUACACCAGUGCCUCUGA